AUGGACAUGCCCCUGGACGACGACGCCAUGGCCCAGGCCAUGGGCUUCUCAUCUUUCGGCCACCAAAACCGGCCCCAGAAGCGCAAAUACAACCCUCACGCCGACGCAGUCAUCAGCUCAGACUCCAAGACCGCCCAGCGCGCGGCCAAGCCCUCCGCCACGGGGUCGAAUUCCACGCCCCUCGGCGUGCCCAGCAGCAAGUCCAGUCAGGCCGCUGCCAAUGCGGAUGAGAUUGACCUGGACGACGAGGCUGGCGUUCCUGAAUCUGCAGCGACCCCGGCGGCGUUAGUGCGCCCUCAUGGGUUACCAGAGCGCCCCGUUCCAGGGACCGGGUUUAUUGGGUCAUCGGGCGGCCAUGGGCACCAGGACGGCUCACGGCAUGACAUCUGGUACGAUGGAUAUUACGACCCCAAGUCGAAUGAGAAUCCGUGGAGACGGCUGGAGGGAUCAAAAGGCCUGCAGCCCGUGGGCACAUGGCUC